CCAGCUCUGAUUCAACAGUGACAGUUACUCCAUCAAAGGAAUCAAGCUCAGAAGCCCAUAGCAGUCAAGGGAGCCCUGUCAGAAAGCGAUUGAGAAUGGAAGAGUUAGCUAUACCAGGGCCUUCAUAUGUGGUGUGAGUAUUCUCUUAAUCUAAACCAUUUCAUUUACUCAUGUAGAAAAUAUUUUAGCUCAAGUCAUAUUCCUUUUCCUGAUGAAGCUUCUAAGAUGGUAGAGCCUCCAGAAAUUUUGCAGUCAUUCACAUCAUCCAGUACUGCAACUGCUUCUGAACAGGAGUAUCAAUUGACAAUUAGAGGCAAUGUCACCAAACGAAAUGUCAGAACACCACGUAAAAGAAGGCUAAAACGUUAUGUUGGAGAUUUAUCAAGUGAUGACUUUUCCACUCCCAGAAAAUCAAAGUCAAAUUAUGGGUUGAUGAAACAAGUGUUGCUGCUUUGAGGAGAAGAAUAAAAACUCUAAGUGGCUUAUUGAAACUUUUGAAGCAGAAGAAUCACAUAACAGAUUCAGCUGAAACUGUAUUGAAG